CCCUUCUUUGGACAUGCUCCAGCACCCCAAUGUCUUUCUUGUAGUGAGGAGCCCAAAAGUGAACACAGUAUUGGAGGUACAGCCUCACCAGUGCCAAGUACAGGGGGACGAUCACUUCCCUAGUCCUGCUGGCCAUACUAUUUCUGAUACAAGCCAGGAUGCUCUUGGCCUUCUUGUCCAAAUAGCCAAUCUUGACCAGAUUUCUGUAUAUCAAAAAAUUAUUUGGUGUUUCUAUGAAUAGCUUUGAGAUUAUAAAAUUAUUUCUGGAAAAUUUACUAUUCACAAAAUCUUUAUGUAUUUGUAUGGCAGUAGAAUCUGGACGAGAAGGCGGCUGCGUAGGUAUAAGGGAAUGAUGGUAUGAAGCAGAAGUUUGUGUUGGAGUGUGAGGGAUGUAUGUGAUGAAUAAAUGUGUGGAGCAAAAGAACUGUAUAUGGAAAAAUGUCUUUGUGCAUGGAAGGAGACUGAAUCUCUGUGUGUCUGUGUGUGUGUAUACACACAAUACCGUGUAGAAUAAGUGCGGUAUUUCUGUUGGGAUCCAGAGUGAGAUAACUGGACAUUUGCCACAUGAUUUGUUAAAGCUGUUUAAUAAUCUGCAUGACAACCCAUGCGGUGUGUAUUCAUAAUGCUUUGAAGGACAGAAUGAUUCAUCCAUUCUGUAUCAUAUCACAUAAGUAACUGGUAUAAUAUUAAGAAAAUUUAAAACUUGGGGAACUUGAAGUCCAGAAGAUUUUAACUCUCUUGUCUUGUAAAUUGUCGGUACGUUUGAUAGUUUGCCUUGGUAAUGUUUGCUACAGUGUUUUUUUCAGAAAAAAAGGAAAAGCUCUACAUUUUGCUUACAGGUGUUGAGUUUCUUUCACAUUAUUCACAAGAGAACUGUCCUGUUAAUGUUGGGUUUAACAUCACCUGAUACCAGCUGAGCAGUCAGAUUGCUUAGUGGAAAUGGGUAAUUUACUGCUUUGUUAAUAGAAUGAUUGGAGAAUCUAAGUGCAGUACACACCAGCCUUGAUAAAGAUUGAUGUUUACAGUCUGUUUGGUACGCCACUAAGUUUCUAAAUUGUUGAUAAAUUAUAUCUCUUUUUUCCUCCCUUUCUAAGAUACUACGCAUAUCUUCAGCAAGCUCAAGCAUUUUACACAUUUCCAUUCCAUCAGAUGAUGACUGCAGCGCCUAACAUGGAAAUCAUGACUGAGCAGCCGACUCUAGAGGGCAUUCCAGAGCCAAACAUUGCUCAGGAGCCUCCAAAAGAAGUUAAAAAAGGAGGAAGGAAAAGAAAAGCCAAAGCAACUGAGCCAAAGCAACCCAAAAAGCCUGCUGCUAAAAAAGAAAAACCAGCCAAGUCAAAAGGCAAACAAGAAAAGAUCACAGAUACUUUUAAAGUCAAAAGAAAAGUGGACCGUUUUAAUGGUGUAUCUGAAGCUGAGCUUUUGACCAAGACUCUACCUGAUAUUUUGACCUUUGAUCUGGACAUUGUAAUAAUUGGCAUAAACCCUGGCUUGAUGGCAGCUUACAAAGGACACCAUUACCCUGGACCUGGAAACCAUUUUUGGAAGUGUCUGUUCAUGUCUGGUCUAAGUAACGAACAGCUGAACCAUAUGGAUGACCACACCUUGCCACAUAAAUAUGGGAUUGGAUUUACAAACAUGGUUGAAAGGACAACACCUGGAAGCAAAGACCUUUCCAGCAAAGAGUUUCGGGAAGGGGGGCGAAUUCUGAUGCAGAAGUUACAGAAGUACAAACCCCGUAUAGCAGCUUUCAAUGGAAAAUGUAUUUAUGAAAUUUUUAGUAAAGAAGUUUUUGGAAUAAAAGUUAAGAACUUGGAAUUUGGACUGCAGCCACACAAAGUGCCAGAUACAGAAACUCUCUGCUACGUUAUGCCAUCAUCUAGUGCAAGAUGUGCUCAGUUUCCUCGUGCACAAGAUAAAGUUCAUUAUUACAUAAAGCUGAAAGACUUAAGGGACCAACUGAAAGGCAUCGCACCCAACACAGAGGUGCAGGAGGUGCAGUACACAUUUGACUUGCAACUUGCACAAGAGGAUGCUAAAAAGAUGGCUGUCAAAGAAGAAAAAUACGAUCCCGGUUAUGAAGCGGCAUAUGGAGGCGCUUACUGUGAUCGUGCACUGUAUGAAAGUGAACAGUGCAAUUUCUCCUCAAAUGGAACUGCAGCAAGCAAUCCACAGUACUGUGAGGGGUCGUCCUUUGGUGACGUUCCUAAUGGACAAUGGAUGACACAGUCCUUUGCAGACCAGAUUCCAGAGUUCGGUGCUGGCGUGGCACGGGAGGAAGAGGGAAGCAGUGCGUGAGAGCUGUUUCUUCUCGGCUAUGCAUACGUGCUGCAGUUUUAAUGCAGUGAUCAAGAUUGGUACCUCGGUUCUCCAACUGAAGCAUUUUCUUAGUAUUUUAUCUCCUCUAGUUAUUUUAUUAUAGUCCAAAGUAAGUGUGUGGUAGGCUCAAAUCAAUGAACUAGAUAAUUUUAAGGAACUGUCAAAACUUUUUAAAAAAAAGUUAGCCCUUUUUUGUAUAUGAGUUUUAUAUUUAAUGUAUACCAUUUCUUGCAGUUUUUGAAAAAUUGCUUUCUCAUUUGUGAAGAUUUCUUUGGGGCGUUAAUUUUAUUCCAUAAAUCGCAAUGUAAUAGUUACAGCAGCAGUAUACUUUUUACUGAUGCCUCAGUAUUUGGGUAUCUCAUAAUCCUUUUAUAUCCAGUGGGGAAAAUGGGAAGUGUACCCUUAUCUUAAAUGAAGUGGUGUUUUUAAUCAUGCACAGUUAAGCAAAUUGUGCUUUUUAAGUCUGCCUUUUAUCUU